UGGGAGUCUGUCAUGUUCAAGAGACAAACUGGACCGGGAUUUUAAUUUUUUAUUUAGCAUUUUAAACUGCAUUUCUUUUCUUGUUAUAUUAAAUAUGAAGAACAUCAAUACCGAUGUAAUUUUUAUUUUUAAAAGUACGACUUUGAUACGAAUUUUAUUUGUUUAGUCUUGUAUGUUUGUAAGAUAUCAUGAUGUUUUGAAGUUUGGAAACAUAUUACAUUAUUCAAAAUGGUAUUUUCAGCUCUAGACAUGAAUGUGACAGUAAGCAUUCUACAAAAAAGAUUGCAUAUGCUAUGCCUGUGCUCAUAAUUUUUGCUUAAACAUAAAUUAAGUUGUAAAAUGUAAUGUGAGUUCAUUUAUAAAUCAAGAUGCCUGAAAAGGAAGAGUCCUACAUUACUGAAAAUGACAAUGUAGUCUGCUCUCCUGAUUAUCAGGAUCUAACCUUAUCCAGGGAAACUUUGCAUCCAGACUCCAAAAAGGGGAUCCCUUUGCCAAAUCACAUGGAAGAAAAUAGUGUGCCUGCCUGUCACACAGCUUUUCCUGUGGAUUUGAAAGAAGUCUUUGAACUGACAAAUCCCAAUACAGAAAUUCAUCAAGCUAUUUUGAGACCUUCAGGUGAUAUAGGUGCAGUGCCUAUGCAGUAUUCUCAUACCUCGCAAAUGCUUCAUUCUCCUAAAGAAACACAAGAGGAUAGCUCAGAAAAUGAAGUUUCUUGGAGGCAUGUGCUGAGAGAUUCUAGUCAUUCAGAGGAAGAUAUCAGCGAAAGAGCACAGUUACUGCAUUCAAUGAAAGAACAUUCUGAUGAUGAAAGAAGAGCCUGGGAUGCUGUCAUUGAUGAGCCUCAAAACCGCAGUGAAGAGGCAGUUUCUGGAAAUGAGAUAUUGCAUGCACCAAAAUCUUCUCAAAUAGCAGUUAUUAGCAAUCCAGAAGCUUGGAGUCAUGUCAUCAAACAGACUUCUGAUGGGGAUAAGCAACAUAUUCAUUCUGUGACUAAAGAUAGAUCCCAGAUGUUGUCUUCCAAUGACCAUGGUUCCUGGAAUCAUGUUCUAGAAGAUAUGCCUACUCCCAGAGAAUUAACUCAUUCUACUCAAAUAAUUCAUCCUCAUCCAGAAUCUGCUCAGUUAAUGGAGAGUCAUAAACAAUGGAAUCAUCUGAUCACUGACCCAGCUAGACAUCAAGAAGUUGGGAAUGUACCUCCUAUGGAUCUGUCUGGAGACUGUACUAAGUUGACUGAUCUCAUUCCUGAUCGAAGGGAUGUUUCCUGCCAAGUUGAUGACAUACCUUGUCAUAAUUCACUGACUGAUGAUCAUCAUAGUCCUCAUGAUAAUACUAUUCAGAAAGUGAAAUGCUCUGAUACUCAGAAUAAACAUAGCACUGUUACCUCUUCGCUGGAAGAUGUUCCUCAAAGUAUGCUUAAUUUGACCAUUGUCACAGAAGCACCUUCUAGCUCCCCACAAGUAGUUAUUCAUAAUGGAAUAAAACCUGAAAUGUAUACUCAGGAACGCCAUUUAGUUGUACAGGCUGGUACUAAAGCUCAAGUUACCACCAAAACAGCAAGUAGUUAUGCUUGUAAUCAUUGCGGCAAAGUUUUUGGUGAUAGUCGAAGCUUGCAGAGACAUAUGUUAAUACAUAUAGGACUGCGACCAUAUCGUUGUCCAGUGUGUGGCAAAGCAUUUAUGUUAAAUGGAGAUUUAACUAGGCAUAUUCGAAUACAUAGUGGUGAAAGACCUUAUGCAUGUGAUAUUUGUGGACGCCGUUUUACUCUUAAGGGAAAUUUAAUGCAACAUUUUCGAACACAUACUCCUGAAAAACAAUAUGCAUGUACUAUUUGUGAAAAAAAUUAUGCACAGAAAGAUAGCUUGCAUCGGCACAUUCGAGCUCAUUUUGGCGAAAAACCAUUUGAAUGUACCACCUGUAGCAAGAGAUUUACUUUAAAAGGUGAUCUAAGUCGCCAUAUUCUUAUUCAUUCAGGUGUCAAGCCUCAUUCUUGUAAGUAUUGUGGACGACAAUUUGCUUUAAAAGGAAAUUUAACUCAACAUGUGAGGACUCAUGUUCGUACUCAGGCUAAAGGAAAUGAAACUACAAAUAAUUCAUUUACUAACAAAAGCCAGGCAGAGCCUCAACUUAUAUGUGAUCUAAGUUAUUCCCACGCCCAAAAGACAUUUGUUUCUGUGCCAAAUAGUGCCUCCUCAUUGAAAUUACCUCAUGUAGUCACAUCUAAUCAGAGUACUAGUCUUUCAAGUGCUCAUCCAUAUGUACAAACUUCAUCUCCUUCAGAUAGCAAUCAUCAAUCAUCAUCCGUUGGUUUAUCAUUUUGUUCUGAAUGUUCUAAAACAUUUCCUUCACCUGAAAGUCUUCAUGAACAUGUCCAACUUAUACAUGAACAGUCAACUCGGUUGGCAUCAAAUCGUUAUUUGUGCAAUAUCUGUCAAAAGGAAUUUUGUCUUAAAGGGGAUUUAACACGGCAUUUGAAUAGCCACAAUGGAGUGAAACCUUAUGAGUGUGAACACUGCAAUAAGACAUUCACAUUGAAAAGCAAUUUGCGCCAGCAUCUAACAACUCACAGGAUGGAUAAAAGCUUUGCUUGUCCAAUGUGUUCUAAAUCAUUUGGAAAUAGACGCAAUUUAAAUCUUCAUCUUAGGAGGCAUGAGCAAGCCCGAGCAAACUUUACAUGUACAAAAUGUGGCCGAUCUUUUUUAGCAAAGUCAGAUCAUUUCUUUCAUGAUUGUGUUAAAAAUGAAACAUCUUCUUCAUUAGAAAAUCCUCAUACUCCAUUAUCAGCUAAUGCUGUAAUAAAUGGCAAUACUCCACCAGAUUCACCUGAGGAAGCUGUUUGUUCCACCCCAUUGACGAUUCAAACAAACAUUGAACUUUCUAAUCAAACAGUUCCUCUUACUACAUUGCCAGUAAAAAGAGAAACUAGCCACUUGCCUUGUGAUGACCGAGAACUUGCAGAUUCUUUAGAAUGCAAUUCUUCAGGUUUAACAUCAGUAAAUGGUGCACAAUCCUUUUUAGGGCCAUUUUAUCGCCAUUUGUAUUUCUCUACCUCACAUUCAAUACCUACCUUGAAGGGCCUGGUCCAUGCAUCAAAUGGUGAAAUUAAUAUUACUGAUUUUAAUAGGUCAGCCAAAAGUAGUUAGUUCUUUGUUAUAGAUAGAAUUCAAAUUAUGGUUAUAGUUUUUAAGGACUAUGUUUAUGUUGGUGAUUUAUGUAUAGUCUUUGGAAUUGAAAUAUCAUAAUUAAAAUGUAAAUUCAAACUUGCUCUAAAUAUUUUCAGUGAUUAUAUUUUGAGAAAUUAAUCUUUAAUAAUUAUCGUCACAAUGAUUGGGUUCAUUGAUAGAAAUGGGAAUUAUCCACCAUUCUAUGAAUUUGAAAUUCAGAAUUGAAAACUUUGCCUAGAAGCAUCUAGUUUGCUGCGCAAAAUUAAACUAUUUGUUAUCCACUGCACUAAUAAUUUUAUGCAAUAUCAUUAUUAAUUUUGAGAAAAUAAGCAAAACUAUAAUUUUUCUUUCACAUUUUGAAAAGAUAAUUUAAAAAAUGAAUAAUUUGAAAGUUAAAUUCCUAAGCAUACUUGGAUCCAAUUUUAAACUAAUAGACUAUGUUUCCAUUUGAAUCUCAUAAAUUAUAACAUUUUGCUUUAGACUUAUUGAAAAAACAAAAUCGUAUUGAGAAAAAAAGGUUCUGGAAUCAGGUAUUUAAAAAAUAAAAUAAUAAAACUAAUACAUUCUUACUUGAUAUUUUGGUUUAAAAGUUAGGGUUUUCAUUUUUAUUAAUUUU